CAAAGUUUAAAAACAAAGUUUGGCGACUUCGCUGGUUCUCUACAUACACCGGGCAGAAGCAACAAAAGUUGGGAAGCAACUUUUCGAGUUUACAAAAGAGGCGACGAAGCGAAGAUGAUAUUGUCCGUAAUUCGCAGCGCUUGUGGCAACGUCGCUCUUCGCAUACACCAUGCCCGACACGGAAGUCGGGUCAGCGGGUUACCGCGGAGAUGCCAGCCGGCCGACGCGUCUCUCGGCCGGCUUGCAGUGCGAGCGGCGAGCGCUACGACUAGCGGCGGCACUGGCGCCAAACUAGCCGACGACUUCAGGAAGCAGUCGCGGAAACGAGACGGCGCUGACUUCGACCGCGCUCUGAGGGAUGCGGUUCACUGCACCAAAGAGGCAAUGGUGGCUCUGCAGAGAAGAAAUCCAACAGUCCAGCCGCUGCUCGCAAUUAUACAGGUGGGUGAAGAUGACAGCCUGUUGGAGCUCAAUAAGAAAAUAGCAGGAAAGGUCGGCUUAAAUGUCACUCAGAUCUGUCUAGCCAAGGAUCGCAGUGAAGACGAAAUUGUCGAGGAGGUGUUGAAGCUGAACGAGGACACCGGGGUGCACGGCGUCUACCUUCACCUCCCCCCUGCUUCCCUCACCAGCCGAGUGCUCGACGCUCUCAAACCCGAGAAGGACAUCGACGGGAUAACAUAUUUGAACAUGGGUCGUUUGGUGCAAGGGGACCUGAACAAAAGCUUUGUUCCACCUGUCGCCAGCGCUGUAAUGGAUCUGUUGCAAGAACACGACUCUCCCUUAGAAGGAAGAACAGUAUUAAUGAUCGGUGCAGAAGGACCUCUUGGGGUGGCCCUGCAGUGCCUGCUGGAGAGAAGUGGAAUGGCAGCUCUCAAAAGUCAUUCCAGUUUCAAGAACCUACAGAGACAGGUGAUGGAGGCUGAUGCUGUGGUCCUACUGGGUGCAGAUGAUCUUAACAUUCCACCCACCUGGAUCAGGCCAGGAGCCGCAGUCAUCCGCCGGGAGCCCACCCAAGAAGGAGGUGACAGUGGGAUGUCUUCAAAGUCCAGGUUGGCGUAUCUCACGGCAGCGUACAGAAUACAGAAUGUGGUGCACAGCAGCGGUCGGAGGCUCCAGGAGCAGCAGUAUUGGCCCUGGAGACUGCGUGGCCUCAAACUGCAGCCCCUGACACCUGUCCCAAGUGACAUCGAGAUUUCCAGAGCUCAGACACCCAAGGCAGUGGAGCAGCUGGCCGAGGAGAUUGGUCUGUUGCCUGAAGAGCUUGAAACUUACGGCAGGAGCAAAGCAAAGGUUCGCCUCUCCCUGUUAGACCGCCUCCAAACGCAGCCUGACGGCAAAUACGUGCUGGUGGCAGGCAUAACUCCGACCCCACUCGGCGAAGGGAAGAGCACGGUGACCAUCGGCUUAGUCCAGGCCCUGUCUGCGCACCUGAAACUCAACUCUUUCGCUUGUCUACGACAACCCUCUCAGGGACCCACAUUUGGGGUCAAAGGGGGAGCUGCAGGAGGGGGAUAUGCCCAGGUCAUCCCAAUGGAGGAGUUCAACCUCCAUCUGACGGGUGACAUUCACGCCGUCACUGCUGCCAACAACCUGGUGGCGGCGGCCAUCGACGCCAGGAUGCUUCAUGAGGCGACCCAGUCGGAUAAGGCGCUGUACAGUAGACUGGUCCCUUCAGUCAAUGGAGUGAGAAGAUUUGCACCCAUCCAGGUUGCAAGGCUGCACCGUCUCGGGAUCAACAAAAGCGACCCUGCCUCUCUCACGCCCCAGGAAGUCAGUUCUUUUGUUCGUCUUGACAUCGACCCUUCCAAGAUCACCUGGCAGAGAGUGGUUGAUACAAACGACCGCUUUUUGAGGACGAUCACCGUCGGGCAGGCCAGCACUGAAAAAGGACAAAUCAGAGAGACAGGCUUCGACAUUGCAGUGGCCAGCGAGAUCAUGGCCAUCUUGGCUCUGGCAGACAGCCUGGAGGACAUGAAACGAAGACUGGCGCGCAUGGUGGUGGGGACCAGCCGCUCCGGACAGCCCGUCACCGCAGAAGACCUGGGUGUGAGUGGGGCGCUGGCCGUGCUUAUGAAGGACGCCAUCAAGCCCACGUUGAUGCAGACCCUGGAAGGUUCCCCGGUGUUUGUCCACGCCGGGCCCUUUGCCAACAUCGCCCAUGGCAACUCUUCGGUUCUUGCCGACAAGCUCGCUUUGAAGUUGGUCGGCCGGGACGGCUUUGUGGUGACUGAAGCCGGCUUCGGGGCGGACAUCGGGAUGGAGAAGUUCUUCAACAUUAAAUGUCGGACUUCAGGCUUGAGGCCCAGUGUUGUGGUGCUGGUCGCGACCGUUCGGGCUCUGAAGAUGCACGGCGGAGGCCCCAAUGUAUCAGCCGGUGCGCCGCUUCCAAGAGAAUACAUCGAUGAGAAUCUCGCCCUUGUUAAAGGUGGCUGCCUCAGCAAUCUCAGAAAGCAGAUCGAGAUAGCUCAUCUGUUCAGGGUUCCGGUGGUGGUGGCGCUUAAUGUCUUCAAGACAGACACCCAGCCAGAGAUAGACCUCGUGUGUCAGCUCGCCAAAGAGUGCGGGGCGUCCGACGCGGUGCCGUGCCACCACUGGGCGCAGGGCGGGCGAGGUUCUUUAGAGCUUGCCCAGGCCGUGAAAGCUGCCAGCAGCAGACCCAACAACUUCCAGUUCCUCUACGACAUUGAGAUGCCAAUAUUGGAGAAGAUUAGAGCCAUAGCCCAAAAGGUCUACGGAGCUGAGGACAUUGAGCUAUCCUCUGAGGCCAUUGACAAAAUAAAUUACUAUGAUCAACAGGGCUUUGGUUGUUUACCAAUCUGCAUGGCCAAGACCCACCUGUCCCUGUCCCACAUGCCAGCGAAGAAAGGCGCACCCACUGGGUUCAUUUUGCCAAUCAGAGAUGUUCGCGCCAGCAUCGGAGCUGGCUUCAUCUAUCCGCUCGUGGGAACGAUGAGCACCAUGCCCGGCCUGCCGACUCGACCGUGUUUCUACGACAUUGACCUGGACCCGCUCACCGAGGAGAUCACCGGGCUCUUUUGAACACAUCAGGAGCCUCACAGGAAAACUUUUGGUCCUAUUUCUUAUCAUUUUCCACCAAAUGGUUCAGUUUCAACCAAACAGUACACUUUGGAUGUGCGGUGACGUUAAGAAUAGUAAACCGACCAGCUAAUGUGAUGGUGGGCAAAGUAUGUCCCCGGGGCCAGAUACAGCCAGCCCUGUUCUUUAAUCCGUCCCACUGAGCAUUUAUGUUGUCCUGUAACAAUUAAUUUAAGUGGUUUUUUUUUUCUUCUAAUUUUGGUUAAUCAAAAUGUAUUCAUUAGUUUUUAAGUUCAUUUGUCAUUUAUUUAAUGAUAAACUAUUACUAAAAUAAACAAUUUGACAUAUAUUUUUAAACAUUUUCUAUAAUAAAUGGUUAAUGUAUUUAUUAUAAAUUCUAAAAAAAUAUACAGGUAAAAUAAACAAUUGUAAACAUGCAUUUAAAAAAAAUUUAUUACACAGUGGCUUCAUUUAGUUAUUUUAAAUAAAAUACAAAGUAUUCAUAAAGUACUCAUCAAUUAUUUAAUUUAUAUUUUGGAAAUAAGAUAAAUAUUGGCAAAAUAAAGUUUUUAUUGAAUUUGUUAAUUUUUGAAUGUAAAAUAAUUAUAUAUAGUAGAAUAAACUUUUAAAUCAAAUAAUUGUUUCAUUGUAGAAUAAAAUUAAUAAAAAACAAACAAUGAGAAUGAAUUAUUUUAUUAAAAAAACCUUUCAUAUCCACACGUCUGCAUAUUUAGUUUUUAACAUCAUCCAUGAAUUCCCUGACCCAGCUAUCCGUUUUUGAAUCCUCAAACGUGGCCCUUGAGUAUGAAAUGUGUGUUUCCACCGUUGCGUAUAAACCCAAGAUGCCAAUAGCUGUGCAAAUCGUGUGCUAGCACUAUAUAGCAUAGCGGCACGACAGAUGCUACAGUAACUCUCAUAAAUCAAACAAAUCUAAUAAACACAACAUGGUACAUAGCUAUGUGCUGCAACUAUCGCUAAAUACCGUAAAACCCCAUUAUCCCUAACUUUUUGCGUACUUUGUGGAAAUGGGGCUUAAAUGUCUUAAUUCGUCUUACUGGAAUCGGCCACAACAAGCAAGAAUGCUGUAAGUGAGUCAACUGAGGCGUUUGUCCUUGUCAAAACACAUCAGCUGAACGCUCUUAUUUUGGAACAUUAUUGAUUUUUUGUUGUUGUUUUUUUUCUUCUUCUCCAUUUUCCGUAUUGUUUGACUUACUCUACAUCAUUCUCUGCCUCAUACUGGACCGAUUCCAGUCACUUUAAUCAUACGCAUAAAAGAUGAGACAAUACACUUAGAGAUGUAACAUUACACACACACGGAAAUGCACGGCCUGGCUGUUAAAUGCGUCCUUCUGUUUCUUUUCCCAGGCCUCCCUCAGGAUGUUCACUGCGUGUACCAUCAAGAUUCAUCACUGAUGGGAAAUGCUCUGUCUCCAAUUGUUCCCAGCAGCUCAAAUCUCCAUUUGUAUGUUGCGCUGUAUUUGCACGUGUGUGAUAUGCCAAAGAUGACGCGGUGCGGAUGCUUUUCACCUGUCUUCGCAAACCUCUACUUUCAGGUGUUUUUUUAUCUUUAUUUUAAUCAUGUUUGAACUGUUACCGGCAGGUCUUUAAAAGUAAUGCUGCUUUUUAUACAGGCUGUGAGCUUUUUACAUGACUCUGGCACACACCAAAUAACUGACGGACGCACAAGUAGCCUUUAUGUUAAGUUAAGUAACCUUUGGUCUCCCGAUGGAGCGGCUGCACUAUAACCAUGUUAAAAUCACUGUUAAUCUACAAUGCAAUCUUUAUGUUGUUACAUUUGAUUUGGUAAGGUCCCAAACUGUGAUACAUCUCAUCAGAUGGUUGAUUUGGUUACUCGCUAAUAUAUUUAAUACUUAACGUUGGAGUUCAUUAAGGGUUACACAUUUCUAAAGGAUUUUUUUUAUUUUUUAUUUUAUUUUUUAUACACAUUCUGUUUGGAAGUGAAUAAUUGAAGUAUUAACUGUGACUCAGGCUAUUUAGUAUUGUUCUCAAUUACUGCAGUUGUAUGUUGAUAAUCAGUUGUUGAGAAAUACAUUCAUUUACUCCCUAAA